AUGAUCUCAAGGGGCAUUUUGAUUAAGCUGCAGGAAACUUCGCCCGUUCUAAUAGUUGUAGGGUUCUUCGUUUACCAGAUGUUGGAGACUGGUGUUAUCGACAUGGUCGAGCAUGCUUGUGUCAAUUCUAGGGUCUACAGAGUUCAUAACUUUCCUGACAUCCUAGGAAUGAAGUAUGACAAGAACGACCGCUGGAUAAACUUCUAUGCAUUCAAGAGUGGCGUGUUAUGCACCUUUAUCUUGUUAAUCCCGUUGAUAGUUAAGCUACUUUUCCUGGCACUCAGACCCAAAAAGAAAACUAGGAACUUUCUGUGGCUCCACCUGGCUUUGAUGCUACUCCUGGCUGUUGCUGACACAAUAGUACUCUUCACAUGCGAUCGUGACAAAAUUGAGAGCACAUCUGAUGACAGGGAUCCCUAUAUCUAUAGAAACCACAGGUGGUUUUACCUGUCCCAUGCUGCUGUAGAAGUUAUUUCUCUCGUUUGCACGGUCUUUUUGUGA